AUGCAAGUUGUCUGGGAAGCAGACACUGCGGCCUUUGCAAGUCGCAAGAGGGCCGCCAGAGCCUGCCAGAAAUGUCGCGCUGCCAAAAAGCGAUGUCAUCAUACGUUUCAACGCCCUCCAGAACAGCAAGCAGAAUCGGACGGCCUUGACCGCAUUCUCCCCAACCUGACUCAUAAGGAGCCUAUACGUUUUGUCGGCGACUUGAAUCCCGAGUCAAUCCUGACUGACUUGUCGUCGAGGUCCAAAGGGGCCCAACGAAUCAGCCGGAUCGGAACUUGGGUUGAACAAUCUCGCCACAUCCAGGAUGAGUUGCCUCAAGAAGAUCUCGGCCCACGCCCUAAGUCGGGGGAUAAAACUCCCGUCAAUGUCGAGAAGUACGGGAAACUGGAAGGGGGUCGAAGAACGCUGACGGGUCAUCAACGCAAUUAUUUGCAGUCGGUUGGGGCAUUUCGGAUAUUGCCCAAGAGCACCCAAGACGCGCUCAUCACGACGUACAUUGCCUGUCUCGAUGGACUCCUUCCUAUCUUCAAUGGCGUCAAACUCCUCCAAGACUACUUGGAUGGACGGUGUUCGAUAUUUCUCAUUCAAGCAAUUUGCCUUGUGACCUGCAAAACCGAGGAGGCGGCACCGUACCUGAGACUCUACGACGACGGACCCCUCCUGGAUCCCAUCCCCUUUGCCAGGAGUCUCCAUACCGGGCUGGAUGCCGCAAUGAAAGCUGAUCUCGAACCUGACCGAGUCACCAAGAUCCAAAUCCUCACCUUGAUGCAUCUCCACAAUGAUGGGCCCGGAGGCAUCGAAGAGUCUUCUUUACACCUGUCUCAAGCCAUUCACGACGCGUGGACAGCAGGACUCCACAUCCACACCCCCGGUCGAACUCCGCGAGACCAAUCAAGUCUGCUCUGGUGGACGAUCUGGACCCUCGACAAGAUCAAUGCAUGUCUGGGUGGAAGACCCAUUAUGAUUGCGAACCGGGACAUUGACAUUGCUCGUCCGCCAUUGCUGGAGGACGGACCAAGAAGUCAGGUCAUAAAUGUCUGGCUCCGGCUCGGCGAUUUGCUUGAUCAAGUCAUCGAAUUCUACAGACCUGCCGCCGAUCAAGACGCCACCGGGUGGGAAACCGAAUUUCCAUCGUAUAGCUCGCUUACGGAAGACGUUAAUCUCACAUUACUUCGCCCCUCGGAGCAAAGCAUCCUCGAGCUCUGCUACCACGUAGUCGCCAUCCUCUCCUGCCGCGCCGGCGGGCCCAGCACCGCAUCCUACGCCCGACGCGUUUCCGCCGCAGAUCGAAUCCAACAGAUCUUCUGCGAUGGAGGACACGCCGGUGUCGCGCCCAUCCCAUUGGUGCCUUAUGCGGUCGGCCUUUCUCUGACCGUCGCAUACCGCGGAUUUCGCGAUAAUGCGAUAAUCGACGCCGAGCGCGCACAAGCCGACAUGACGACACGCUGCGAAAUGCUCGAAGCACUCAGCAUGUACUGGUGGACAGCGGACGCAAUGGCACGACUAGGCCGUAAGGCGCUCAAAAGCCUCCAACAGCCUGGCGCGCGGAAGCACUCGGUCGCCAACAUCGCCAAUGCCAUGGACGCCGAGGUGGCCGUCUGCAAAUUUGGUCCGUUCGAUUCAAAAUCACAUUCUUCGAAUCACGAUAAUAGCUUACAUGUAACAGCGGUCAACGGGCCUGGUCAUGGCUCAGGGCCGAUGCCUGGGACCGGCCACGGGAACGGAAACGAUGUCAACGUCAGUACCGGCAACGCACUGCACGUCCUUUCCGACGCCGCUGCCACACACUCGAGCACCGGCAUCAGCCACGAUCCGCCGACGCUCACGCCCUCCUUCGCGACAUCCAGAGACCGCCGGAUGAUGCACGAUGAAAAUUCGACAGCAGCAGCGACGGCAACAAGCACCGGUCUCCCGCCCACACCUCACAGGUCAUUUGCAGCGGACUCCACGACGACGCUUGCAACCUCAUCUUUCGAAGACCCGCAGUAUCAAUACCACAUCGACGACCUGGACAACUUGUUCGACGGGUUUUUUGACCUCAGCAUGCCGACGAUUUUCCAGGAUCCUGUCUUUGACGGCGAUGCGUUCUUGAAUGCUUCGAUGGAUUUCAUGCCGCCUGAUGGCAGUAGUGGACAGUUCGACACUGUUGCUGAUGCUAUGAACACUAAUAGUAAUCUCGGCAGCAGCAUGGGGGUCGGUGUUGGGCUCGGACAGGGACAGACUGAUUCUGUAACAGGGUCAGGGCCGUCAUCUAUGUCCAUAUCCUUUACACCGCAGGCUCCGCAUGAUCACCAGCUUCCUUGA